AUGCAUUUUGCAACAGACAAAAGAAGUAUUCUUCCUGUUGGAGAUAUAUCGGAUACUAUCCCUGAUGAAGAGGCAGACAUUACUGUCCUUGAGGAACCUGAGCAUCGCACCUGGACUUGUGCUAAUGAUGCUGCUGCAACUCAAGAAUACCCUAAAUCUAUAGUUUGCAAUGUUCACGGUGUCAACCCUAAAUUUCUCGGUAUUGGUUUGAGAAAACAAGAACAUGAGGAGCAGCCAUUCACGAAAAGGAGCAAAGGGUACAAGGAGCUUCUUAAACUACUUACAAGAUACCAAAAGGAACUCGCUGGGUUACAGGUUGAUUUAUACGGUAGUGCAGAAGACUCUGAAGAGAUUAAAAAAGCAGUCGAGAAACUCGACCUGAAGGUUGAUGUAUACCCAGGACGUGAUCAUGCUGACUCACCAUUUCACAACUAUAUAGUUUUUCUCAAUCCGAGCACGACAGAUGUGGUUUGCACAACAACUGCAGAAGCCUUGGCAAUUGGAAAAACCAUAGUUUGCGCAAAUCACACAUCAAACGACUUCUUCAAACAGUUCCCUAACUGUAGAGUCUAUGACGAUGAUAAGGGUUUCGUUAGAGCCACGCUCAAGGCUUUUGGGGAACAACCAUCACAAUUAACAGAACAACAAAGACAUGAACUUUCAUGGGAUGCUGCUACUGAACGGUUUAUAAAAGCCUCAGAUCUUAACCGAUUAUCAAGAGCUGAUUCCAACUUAUCAAAGACAAGUGUGUUCGCGUCGUCUUCUAUGAGUGUGGGAAAACAAUUGGAGGACAUGUCUGCAUAUAUUUAUUUCUUGGCGUCUGGAUUUGAAGUUUCAAGAAGAGCUUUUGGUGCAAUCCCUGGAAGCUUGCAGCCAGAUGAAGAGUUGUGA